AUGGCGGUGGGCGCUGAAGGCUUGGGCAGCCGCCAGCCCGGCACCUCCCCGGGGCCGAGAGCUCAGCUCCAGAAGCGCAAGCGGAGCCGCCGGAGCCCCGAGACCCUGCCCGCGGCCCACCCAGGCCGAGGAGCUGGGGCUGCGCGCAGGGGGUGGAGCAUCUGGUCACGCCUCCAGGGGCGGGGCCAGCGCAGGCCGCGCCCCCUGGCACCGCGUGUGCGAACGUGGCGGGGGAGCUGCUGCCAGCCGCGCCUGGUCCAACCUGGACGCAGGGGACCGGGAGUGACGGCUCCGAAGCAACCUCUCCCUGCGGCCCUGCCUGUGCUGGGCCCCGGCCCCUGCGCUGGCAGCUGCGGCGUGAGACAUAGGAGAGAAUCGCACCGGCAGCGGGUGCCGAGGAGGCGGAUGGACACCGGGCGUGCCGCGGUACUUUCCAGCCUCCCCCGCAGCCUCCGGUUUGGGGAGCAGUGGUGUGGGGUGAGAGGGCAGAGCUGGCAGCCCCCCGGCAGACCCCUCAAGCCGGGGGUGGCGGUGACAUCCCUGCAAUGCUCUUGGCAUCGCCUCCCCCGGGCUGGCGCUCGCUGCGGUCCAUGUGAUCGAGGGGCUGCUCCGUCCCGGCGCUGGGUCCAGCCGCCGCCGCGACGGCGACAGAGACAGAAGGUCGAUCCAGCAGCCCCAGCGGAGUGUCCCCAGCACCGAGGUGGGACCCCCAACACGGGCUGGUACCUCCCCGGGGUCAUAAUGCCUCGUGGGAAAAGGGACCCAGUCCUGCUGUCCCAGGCUGAGCUGCCCGUCACCGAUGGCGAGGGUCCCCGCAGCGGCGUUGAGGGCCGGAGGUCCACGUCGGAGGAGGAAGGCCACCUCCCCGGCCUCCCCCGCGACGACCUCACCAAGAGCAUGUCAGGCUCCUCCGUCUCCUCCUACCACUCUGCCCUGUGCUCCGAGGGGACCGAGACCUUCAAGGACUGCCUGGAGUUUCUGGACGAGGAGGCGCCGGUGCCGAGGGACACGGGGCAGCGGGUGGCGGGGGCCCCCAGCGUCCCCCCGCCGCCCGUCCCCCUCAGCCGCCCGCAGCAGGCUCAGCUGUCCGUCGCGGCUAAGAAUAGCCCAGCGCUGGGGCAGGGGGGCAGGAUGGGUCCCCUCGGCGGGGACCGGCAGCUUGCCACCGCUGCCACCACCGCCAGCAGAGAGCUGCCUCUGCCCCGGCAGCCCGGGGGGAUGCUCGGAGGGGCACCCAGCGAUUCGGACGAGGCGGACGGCGAGGUGCGGGCACUGACAGCCAGGGCUUUCCGCAGCCUUUCAGGGCUCCCCGGUGCCCACCUCGACAUGUGCAGCUCCCACACCUCCUCCAGCCUCUCCAACUCCCUGUCGGAGGACGGUGGGCGACCGCGGCGGUGGCCAGUGGACAGCGGUGAAGCUCGGGGCACGGUGCUGCUGGGCUUGCUGGGGAAGGAGCAGUUCGAGUGUGUGGAUGUGGAGCUGGAGAGUGGGGAGGCCAGGAAGGGCCACUGCAAGAAGAGGACUGUCCCCAAGCGCCAGAUCCUGCUGAAGAGGAAGGAGAGGAAGGAGACGAGUUUUGGCCCGAGGGGGGACAUCUCGGUCCCCCAACCUCUGCCUCCCACCAGGAAGGAGCCCCUUAGCAAGGGCAGGGCCGUCGGAGAGGACUUCAAGCUCAACUACAAGCAGUUCAUGAAGACAGCAUCCCUGGACACCAACGCUGACAAGACCAGAGCAGCCUCUAGCCUGGUGAAAAACGUCCUCGCCAAGAAGAUGCAGUACGAGCAGAUGAUCAAGAUGGAGCAAAAGGGGCUGCGGGGCAGCUCGACCUCCUCGGGGCCGUCCUCCGCUGGAACAGACCUGCUCGGGGAUGGCCUGGAGGGCAAGUCCAGCUCGCUUUCUCGCUCAGAUUGCAGCUUCUCAGCCGAAGACUUAAGGGGCAGUGGGAUGCUGACAGCUACAGUGGACACAGUGACUAUGGGGGACACCACCACCACCACGCAUCCCGCCAAAGGGGUGGUGCUGAGUGAAGCGAUGAGGGAAAACGUCUGCAAGCUGAAAAAGACCUUCAACGAACUCAACGAGAGGAUGAAGUAUCAGGAGGUGCUGGAAGGCCACCGGCUGCCUGACGCAGAUGAGGAGCACGAGUCGGAGAGGACUCGCUACCGGCGAGCACGAGCCUUGUUUGAAGCCCACUCCGGGGUGGGGAAGGCCUUGGAUGUUGCCCCCAGAUUUGAGAGGGUGCCAAAGCCGUGGCCCAGCUUGAGGGAGAGAGCCAUCUGGCCCAGCCACCCCCAGCCCCGCCGCUGCGAGCCCAACAGCCGGGCGCUCCCCGCCCUGCCUUCACGCCAUCUCUUCACCUCCCGGGCGCAGGAGGUGAAGCUGCUGCCACAGAGCCAGCAGGAGGAGAAGCCACCAGUGGUGUCCCAGCAGCUGCCCGGCCCUGGCUCCCCAUCCCGCGGGUCCCCACCGGCCAUUCCCCCUAAGCCGAAAGGGAAGGGGAAGGUGUGCAUCCCGCAGCCCCGGGACGUGCGCAAGCUGGUGAAGAACAGCUACAGCCUCUGCUUCGGGACUGCCAGCACAUCCCGUGGCACAUCCUGUGGCACCAUGGCACCAGCAAGCAGUGGGGAGCCACCCCCAGCCGCCCCACUUGUCAUCCACUGCACAUCGGUCCGACGCCAGGAGCCUGUGACAGAGCCAGGGAAUGAGGGGGGGCUGGCAGCCACCAGCCACCAGCCAGCCCCGGCGUGUGCUGAGGGACCCACGAAGCUCACCAGCAGCCAGCCCUCGCCUACUCAGGGCUCCCCUGUCCACAUCACGAGGGUCCAGGCCACACGGAGAAGGGUGGCCGCUGCGGAGGGGCCACCGACAUCGCCCCCACACCGAGAGCGAAGCGAGCUCAGGGUGCCACCACGGGCACCGGCAGCCGAGGGCGUGCCACACGUGGAGACGCACCUCCACGUCCUGGUGGGCCGGAGAUCCCCAGUCAGCACUUCUUUUGGGACCUCUGCAGUCCCCAUCCCGGAGGGGGCCAGGGACGGCUCGCCGGCUCAGAGCAGUGCGGUGCUGCGGACGGAGAAGACCGUUCUUCUCCCACCAUCGCCAUCGAGUCCCACGGAGGGGAAGAAGGGACAUGGCCAUGGUGGCACCAGAGCGCUCCAGGGGGCUGAGGAGCUUGAAUCAGCGGUGCAGCAGCAUGGCAGCAGCGACCACAGGGACCCCCACGCUGGACCCCCGGCUGGCGACAUCGUGCACCCACAGCCUGUGAAUCCAGCAGCAAGAAGAGCACCAGAGCCACCCACGAGAGAGCAGAGGCAGAAGCAGCCAGUCAGCCAGCCGGUGUCAGCAGGGUGUGGUGGCUUUGCUGGUGGUCCGGGUGCUGCUGCCCCGUUUCGAACUGGGGAGGGUGGUGAAGGUCCCUCUGGCCAGUUGCCGGAGCAGAGGGAAGCCUGGGAGCAUUUACCCAAGUGGCCAUUGGUCACCGAGCCACAGCUUCCUCCUGCCCCAGCAGACACCUCCAACUACUUGGCAAUUCCCGUGAAAGCCCCCAGAUCCUCUCCCAUGCCAAAGCUGCCCUUGGUCCCCAGCCCAGCCAGUGCAUCCUCUGGGACCUCUGCAGUCCCCAACACAGCCAGCACGUCCUUUGGGACGCCCUUGGUCCCCAGUCUAGCCAGCACAUCCUUUGGGACCUCUGUAGUUCCUAACACAGCCAGCAUGUCCUCUGGGACCCCACUGAUCCCCAACCCAGCCAGUGUGUCCUUUGGGACCCCUUUGGUCCCCAAUCCAUCCAACUUGCCUUUUGGGACCCCUUUUGUCCCCAACCCAACCAGCAUGUCCUUUGGGACUCCUGUGGCCCCCAACCCAACCAGUGUGUCCUUUGGGAUAUCUGCAGUCCCCAACGAGCCCACCAGCACAUCAUUUGGGACCCCCAUGGUCCCUAACAUGACCAACUCACCCUUUGUCUAUCCAUCAGCCUCCAGCCUGGCCAGCACAUCAUUUGGGACCUCCUUGGCCUCCAAUCCCACCAACAAGUCUUUUGGGACCCCUUUGAUCCCCUACCUGUCCAGUGCCUCCUUUGGGACCCCUUUGGCUCCCAAUCCAUCCAGUGCAUCCUUUGGGACCCCUUUGUUCCCAAAUCCAUCCAGUGCAUCAUUUGGGACCCCCUUGGUCCCAAAUCCAUCCAGCACAUCAUUUGGGACCCCCUUGGUCCCCAAUCCAUCCAGUGCACCCUUUGGGUCCCCCUUGAUCACCAACCCAAUCCCCACUUCCCUUAGGCACCCGUCAGUCCCCAGUCUAGCCAGCACAUCUUUUGGGACCUCUGUAGUUCCUAACCCAGCCAGCAUGUCCUCUGGGACCCCUUUUGUCCCCAACCCAUCCAGUGUUCCGCUGGGAACUGAUUUGCAUCCCCUGCCCAGUGGGGAAGCACCUUGGAGCAAGCCUGGCCCCGAGCCCCCCCUGCCCCAGCCCCACGAGGGUCUGGUGGCUGCAGAGCAGCCAGUGCUGCUGCCCUCAGCCCAGCCCCAGCCUCGCCUCGAGGACCCUCACCACUUCCUAAGGAGGACUGACGGAGCCUCACCAAGCAGCAAGACCAUGCCGAGUCCCACCAAAGCCUUCGCCCCCCAGCCAUCCCCACACCGGAGGAUGCUCGUGGAUCCCGACAGCGGGAAGUGCUACUACAUGGAGCCACCGCGGCAGCCCCAGCUGAAGACACUCUAUGACCCCGAGACCGGGCAGUACCUGGAGGUGCUCAUCCCACCGGCGGCAUCGCACACGGGGCUCUACCAGGCUCCUUUCAAUCCCCUGGUGUUGGCCCCGGGGGUCUAUGGCCCACCCCACGUGCCCUACAGCAGCUUUCCAGGGCUGAUGGCAUCCCAGCCACCCUCUGCACCCUCUCCAGUGCGCCCUGACCAGUCACCUGCCGAAAAUCCCAGCUUCUCCGGGACCUUCAGCUCUGCUCCCAAAGGCGAGGGGCCACCCACUACCGGGGGUCCUGACUGCGGCUACCUGGAGAGCCUCUACUACAUCCCCACGGGCAUGCGGGCCAGCCCCGGCCCCAGCCAUCCCCCUGCCCACACCAACCCUCCUGAGCCCGAGAAGGGACCGAUGCCCCGGAUGUGA